CUCCAGUGCAAGCAGAGUUGCUAGUGGAUUAGUAACCACAUGUAUCAGACUCUCAAUCGUUCCUGAAUCUUUGAGUGUUUGCUGCCAACUGGUCUAGAAUGGAUUCAGACUGUCUUUCAAGCAGAUCUUCCUCACCAGAAUUUGACAGAGGAGAAAGCCCCCAGUUCUUGACUGGGGCAAUGUUCCAGACACAUAAUAGUGUGGGACAGAGACUGGCUACCAGAGCGAGAGUAAAAGCUGGCAAGACUGAACUUACCCAAGACAAUCUACACGAGCUUCGUCUAAAGGUGAACAGUCGCGAAAGACAACGCAUGCAUGACCUCAACCAAGCCAUGGAUGGUCUGCGGGAAGUGAUGCCAUACUCCCACGACCCCUCUGUGCGAAAGCUCUCCAAAAUUUCCACCUUGAUAUUGGCUCGAAACUACAUAGUUAUGUUGUCUAAUUCUGUAGAGGAAAUGAAAAGGCUGGUCAAUGAUGUAUAUGGAACUCACCGUGCUCCAGGGUGUCCCAGCUCUCUAUCCACCCGAGUGCCACAACUACCCCCAGUAAUGGGAACAUUGCCAACAUCAGACUAUGCCACUUAUUUAAGUUUGUCCUCUUCAGAUAUUUGCCAACCUUCUGCUACAGCUCAACAUUUUCUUGGGCUGCCAUGCCCAUGCCACCUUUGCCAGUAUCUGCCACAACCACCACCAAGGACUGCUGCUGAUGCUGUUUCACUUUCAAGACCCAGAAAAUAAUCAGUGGGGGAGAAAGAACUGAACUUUUUGUGACUUGCAGGUAACCUAAACUUUUCACAAAUCAACCCACCCAGGGCUCAAAGAUCAGUUUUAUUUCGUCUGGCUCCUUGAGUGAAACUGCUUAUAUCCAAAGGACAUUAAUGUACUGUGUAUCUGUAGUACUCUCUGUUCCUGGGUGCCCCGCGCUCUGUUUUCAAUGCAGUGCUUCUUUGUUGCUUUUCUAAAUGGUAUUCAUAUAUAUUAAUAUUUUACUGUACAUAUAUAGAGUGUAAUUUUUAUAAAUAAAAUGUAAAAAUCUA